UAUUGGCAUUGGCAAUGACGUCAUGACACUUGUUGGAAUUUUUAAUUACAGUUUUCGAUUAUUUUUAUUUAAUUGUUAUUUGUACUAUUAUUAGUUUAUUUAUUUAUUUAGAAAAUGGCAGAUGUGUCAGCGGUACCACUCGUUGCAUUGUCUUCAGAAUCAAAAUUUUUAUUAUCUACACUUUUAAAUCCUAUUAAAUGUAUUCCAACUGACGAUGGAUAUCCAAGAGAUUGGCGAGGAAUCGCUGAUUUAUUUUCAUUUAGUGGUGAAUUAAUACCAGCGAUAGCUUCAAAUCCAGAUCCAAUAUCAUUUAUUCUAGAUGUUGUGACUAAAAAAAAUCCUAAAACUGUGAUAAAAGAUUUACAAAUUGUAUUGGAAAAAAUAGAACGUUGGGAUGUUGUUGAUGAUACGCAGCCAGUAUUUGUGAAAGAUGCUGAAAAAUAUUAUGAGCGUAUGGAGAGAAACGAAACGUCUGCUGAAAUAACUGAUAAUGAUAUUGACAGCAAAAUGUUAACUGUCGAUGAUCUUUAUAGAGUGAAAGCUGGUUUGUCAAUCCAACGUUACGAUGCAUUUUUACUUUCUGCUGAUGAGGAUACUGAUUUUGUUGAACAAGUUAUUGAAUAUUUAGAACAAAAACAUAAUCUGAAGCUUUGUAUCAAAGACAGAGAUUUAAUAAGCGGAAUAACAUUUGAACAUACGGCAAUAAUGAAAUUAAUAUCUGAACGCUGUAAUAGAUUAAUUGUUGUAUUGUCUCCGAAUUUUAUAAAAAGUACUGCCAAUGAAUUUUUUUUAAAUUAUGCUCAAGCUAUUGGUAUAGAACAAAAUCAUCGAAAAAUAAUACCAUGUUUAUACCAACCAUGUGAAUUACCUCCUCAAUUGAAAUAUACUUUACUCCUUGAUUACAACAGAUCUAAACUGUAUGACUUCUGGGGAAGACUAAAAGAUUCUGUUAGAACAAUAACUAACGAUACUCUAAAAAAUGAUUCAGUGAAUAUGAAAGGCGAAGACGUAAAAGUAAAUCUACCCGAAGUUCCAAGUACUUCGACUUGUUCAUUAAAUUCCGAAACAACACCCACGGCAGCGAAAGAAACAUCUACAGAAAUUACAAAGACGAAAUCAAAAUCAAAAUUACUGUCAUGGACGAAGAAAAAUUUAAGCCCCAAACCGGCUCCGCCUACAAACUUAUCAUCUGAUGACAGUCAGAAUGAUUUAAUUAAAAAGCUUCCUUCGUUAGAAGGCUUAGACGACUUAGAAUCCCCAUCAAUUUCGAUGGAAAAAACUCCAAAAAAAGUUAAAAAAAUCAAAAGUAUAAAAGCUUGCGCUAAAAAAAUAAAAUCAUUUGUCAUUAAAUCCUGACAAGUUACAAAAAAUAUGCAAUUAAAACUGUGAUAUCUGAAAAAAUAUAAAUAUAUGUAUAUAUAUUUGAUACAUAUUUUUAUCAGUUAAUUUUUAUAAAUGAAAAAAUUUUAAGUAAAAUUAUUUUCGUGGUAUCGAUAAAUAAAUAAAAUGAGUGUGAAUGUAGCAGACAUCAGACAAAUUUAAAAUUAUUAAUUAAAAAUAAAUAAAAUUUUUACAAAAUGCGCAUUUAAAAAAUUUUGAAAUUAAUAAGUGCAUUUUUUAAAAAUAUUUUUUAAAUUAUUUACCCUAUUUAUUUAUAAUUAAAUGGCACCCAUGAUAAACCAGUACCGCUAAAUGUUCACCGAUUCAUUAGCAAUCAGCGCACUUAAUUUAUUCUUAUUUAUUUUUAGUUUAACCGAGUAAAAUUUAUGUUUAAUAAAGUUUGAUUUAAGGUAAAGAAAAUAAGUAUAAUUAAGAGAGUGGAAUAUUCGAGUUUCAAAUAAACUGUUUUCAUAGACAAAGACCCAAAUCAUUAAAUAAAAUAUUUCAUUUGAUGCCUAAAGUUAUAAAUUAUCGAAUGAAAUGUUUCUCGUUCAGAAAUUUGAGUUUAUGUCUGAGAACGGCUCAUUUUAAAUUUCCAUUUGCUGAUGCAAGUGCAACAAGGACCGUUUCGUUUGUUCACAUGUGUGUGAGAAAGAGAAUAGAUGGCAUAUCCUCUUAAUUACAAUUACGAUAUGCUAAGCUGUAUCUAGUGCUGAGUUAUACAAUUAUUUUUCUUUUUAUUUUUUAUUUUUUUUCAUUUGUUCUUUGAGAACUUAUUACUUCUGUGAGACUGCAUAAUUUAAGUCCAAAAUAUAUCAUGUAAUAUUUAUACUUAUGAAAAUAUUGUAAAAUUUUAUUGUUUCCACUAUAUAUAGUGUAUCUAAAUUUAUAAGUAUUGUCAACAACCCUGUUAUUGGCCACUAGGCUGUUGAUUCUAAAAUAAAUAAAUAAUUUAAAAUUUUUUUGAUGUCUGCUCCAUUCACACUCGUUAAAUAAAAACUCAUAUUUAAUUAAAACAAUUUGUAUUGAUUAGAAAAUAAUUGUUAAGUCUACAUAAUAACAU